UUUCACAUUUGAAAACUAUAUAGUACAAUUACAAAAUUUAUGUUGAAAGUGUUUUGCAACUUUGAGUCACACCCUUACAGAAAACUUCAUCACUUGUAAAAUCUGUUACUCAUGAAAGAAUGCACUUUCUUUGGAAUUAAAAAUGUUGUUCCCAGCAUAGAUUCCUCCCAUUCGGGAAAUAUUGGGUGUGACGACAGCCUAGAAAAGCAGCCAGUGGAGAGUCGGCUCCCAGUUCAGCUCCAGACUGAAAGCUUUCAACCGUUUCAUCGUCUCAAGUGGAAAAGCUGAGCAGGGAGACAACGAUGUUCUACUGCAACGACUUCAGCAGCUCAGACGGCUUCAGAGACACCAACGGCUUCCGCUGGUCCAAUGGGUUCAGCACCAUUAAUGAGUCCAGAACCAUUAAUGGGGGCAGCACCAUUAAUGGGUCCAGAACCAUUAAUGGGUCCAGAACCAUUAAUGGGUCCAGAACCAUUAAUGGGUCCCGAACCAUUAAUGGGUCCAGAACCAUUAAUGGGGGCAGCACCAUUAAUGGGUCCAGAACCAUUAAUGGGUGCAGCGCCAUUAAUGGGUGCAGCGUCAUUAAUGGGUGCAGCUUGCCCAAAAACCGGUUCACAAAUCAUCGAUAUUCAGCUUUUCAGGAAGCGGACCUCCACUGUGAGACCAACAACAAGGCCCACCACACCAGCUCCAUCUCAGUGAACCAGCUGAUUGUGAGGAGAGGCCAGCCGUUCAGCAUAACCCUUCAAAUGACAAAACCUUUCAACCCUGACGUUGAUCAACUCACCAUGAAAGUUGUGACUGGGAAACAUCCAUCUCAGGAGCAAGGAACAAUGUCAUCCUUUGGUUUUCCAGACAAAGUGAAACGUUCUUCAUGUGCUAAAGCAGUCUGGAGAGCAGAGCUUCAGAAAAACAGACUUCCUGAAACAGGAGCGCUGGCUCUAACGAUAACGCCGCCCGCUGACGCUCCGGUAGGGGAGUACAAACUUUCUGCAGGACUUAAAGCUGAAGAAAAUGAGUUAGCACAACUCUUUGUGCUCUUCAACCCUUGGUGUUCUGAUGACUGGGUGUUUCUGCCUAACGAGGCAGAGAGACAAGAAUACGUUAUGAACCAACAUGGAAUAAUCUACACAGGUUCAUACAUUAAUGGACUUUCCUGGGACUUUGGACAGUUUGAAGAGGACAUGGUGAAGAUAUGCCUGAAGUUACUCGACCUCAGCAGGAAACACAAGCGGGACCCGGCUGACGACGUUUCUGCUCGCUGUAACCCCAUCUAUGUCAGCCGUGUCAUUACCAAUAUGGUUAACAAAGAAGAAAUCAACGAUGGCGUUCUGCGGGGAAACUGGUCAGGCGAUUUUAAAUAUGGCUUCCCACCAACCCACUGGAGCGGCAGCUACGCCAUCCUGAAGCAGUGGUACGCCUCCUUCUGCAAAGCUGUGAACUACGGGCAGUGCUGGGUGUUCGCCGGCGUCAUGUGUUCAGUGAUGCGCCUGUUGGGAAUCCCCUGCCGUGUUGUGACUAACUUCGAGUCCGCUCACGACUCCGAUGCAAACUUGACCAUCGACACCUACUACGGAGAAUCUGGUGUCAGACCGAAACCGUCCAAUGACAGCGUCUGGAACUUCCACGUGUGGGUAGAGGGGUGGAUGAGACGACCGGAUCUGGCAGAGGAUGGCCGAUAUGACGGCUGGCAGGUUCUGGAUGGAACGCCGCAGGAAAAGAGUGAAGGUGUGUUUUGCUGUGGUCCGGCUCCAGUAGCGGCCAUCUUGAACGGGGACGUUGACCUGAGAUAUGAUGUGCCAUUUGUCUUCGCUGAGGUCAACGCUGACCGUGUUACCUGGCUGAUCAAAAGAGAUGGAUCCAAGGUGCAGAUGAAGUCUGACACCAGGAGUGUUGGACAGCACAUCUCCACGAAGGCUGUUGGCUCCAACCAGCGGAUGGACAUCACGAGUGCCUACAAACACACAGAAGGAUCGGUGCGGGAAAGGGACAUUUUCAAAUACGCCCUGAACAAACUGGACAGUGAUUCAAGAAUUGCAGUGUGUCCAAUGGCUGUCAAACCUGAACCACUGGUCAUAAACGACACCACAAACACAGAGAAUGGCCACCCAACUCCGCAGCUGGUUGUUAAAUUUAAAGAGGAGUCCGCGCCAGUGAAGGGUCAGGAUGUGAAGAUAGAUCUGGUGCUGAGAAGUGAAGGCAGCGCUGCCAGGACGCUGUCUGUCAACAUCAACGUCCAGGCCAUGACGUACACCGGCCAACCCAAAGGAAACAUCCAGAAUGAGGUCGUCCAGAAACAACUACUUCCUGGAAAAGACCUGACCUUCCCCAUUCAGAUCCCGUACCUGUCCUACAGUAAAUACAUGGUGGACUGCCAGACCAUGAACAUUUCAGCCAUGAUCACUGACCUCCAGAGCGAUGAGAUCUACCUGGCAUCGGACCGUAUUGUGCUGAAAGACCCUCCCAUCUCCAUCACUGUGUCUGAAGAAGCCAGAGUGAAUCAGAUAUUGAGUAUCUUAGUGACUUUCAUAAAUCCAAUCAGCGAGACGCUGACAGGUUGCACUCUGACUCUCUCUGGAACUGGACUUAUUGAUUGGGAGCAAACAUUCAAGCUUGAAGAUCUGAUGCCAAACAAGACAAUGUGUGUCAAAUUAAGCAUCGUUCCCUACAAGAGCGGGGAGAGGACUCUACUGGCUGACUUUGACUGCGCCGCUUUCAGAGACAUCAAGACCAGCUGCAUCAUUAAUGUCAGACCUUAAACUACAGAAAGAAAAAUGUUUUUGAAGUAGAGAGAUCUUUGAAAUUGGAGAAUUUUGUUUGAAUAAAUUGUUGUUUUAGGUUUUUUCUUUAUUUUUAAAUUUAAAACUUGGAUUUCUAAGGGGAACAAUGAAAAACUUGUAGUAAUCCGACACUCAGGUGCUGGGAAUUUAAUUUUAAUCAUGACUUUCUGCUAUAUUAUUGUUUUAAACUUAUAACAGUCAUAAGAAAACAGGUCCUGCUUUGACUUUUGUUUUUCUCCAGACCAAUUUAUUCCUAAGCCAGUCGAUAUUUUUCAUGACUUAAGGCUUAAAGUUUGCACAAAUCUGGCUUUUUUUUUACUGUUAUAGUUUAGUCUUACUUUAAAACUCAACUUUAAUGUGUGUUAAUCACACCACGCCUCUUAACCUUUUCACUUGGAAUUGCUUCAUCUGUUCACACAUUUUCACCCCUGCUUGGUUUGGUUCAGUUUAUUUUUGGGUCUUGAGUUUGUAAAGUUUGAUUUGAUCAAAUACGACUUCAGACCUCAGAAUUUGCUUUGGGAAUAAAACUGUUGAUCGUAAAACUGUUUCUGCAACUUUUAAAAUCAAUUACAAAACCUCAAAGGUGUUUUUAGUUAACUCCACACCUUUACUGAUUGCUGGUAGAAGUUAAAAACCAUUUAAAUUUUUCCCUCAAUGUGUAAUUAAUCUGUCUUAUAUGUGGGUUUCACUUUUUAAAAUAAAUAACAAAGUAUUGAGCGUUUGUAAUCCAAAGAUAAGUUUAAAGGAAUCAUAUGUCUCUGGAAACAGAGCAACAAAACUAAAAACUUGUGUCAGAAACAAAUAUUUCAUGAUUUGAUUCUAAUGUGAAAGUUGGAAACUUGUGGUUUUAGACCUUGGAAUAUGAUUUUUAAUUCUUCUCUUCCCCUUCUUUUAAAAACAUGGAUUAUAAAAGUAUUUUUAAAAAAUAUCAAGAAUCCUUAAACUUGCCAUUAUUUUACCCCAUAUUGAUAAUUAGUCUGUAGAUAAAGUUUAUGGAUUUUUGGGGUUUUUUCAGCAUGUUUCUUAAUUUUUUAAAUCUUAAUAAAUAUUAACAAUAAGAAAAUAAAUCUCAUUUUCUGUACAGUUAUUACCUCAGUGGG